AUGGGGCCCCAGGCAUUAGGGGAUCAUGGGUCCCCUGUGUCCUUGCCCAAACUCAAAAAAGCCUAUGAAAAAGGUACCAGGGGCAUCUCAUGGGGCCCCCUACUGACCCCGGGCCCUCGGGCAGUGCCCGAGUUUCCAAAUGGUCAGUGCGCCCCUGGCUAUGGCUAAUGUUAGCCAUACACUAGUUGAAAAAUAAUUUGAAUGUGUUUUCAAAAAACAACUACACGGUCAGCUUGCUUUCUUUUUAUGAUCCUUGAAGUCAAGGAGAAAUUUAUUCACUACAUACUAUCAUUUACCGUUCAAAGA